CAGAAGGUGGAUUAUUAAGAAAAUAUUUAGUUAGAAUCUAGAUGGUAAAAUGAUGUGAUAUUGUUUAGAAACUUUAGAAAUCUGAACUUGCAGUAACUCGCUAAAUUGCUUCUCCGUCUUUAUUGCUUUUGUGCUCCACAUUCACAAGCACCCUUUGAAGUAAAGAACAAAUGAGUGAAAUUAAGAACAAAAGGCAGAAGCUAAAUUAAAUUUGAAAUAAAGCACAAGGAAUGUUGUAAGCGAGAAAUUUAUUGUCAUGCACUUCUAAUGUGCUUGUCUUUUACUCAAAAAGGAAUUCAAAUUUUUGAAGGAAAGGAAGACUUAAAGUUGUAAACUUACAUUGUAUGAAAAUAUCAUUUCAAAUAGAAGCAGAUAAAAGUAAAAAGUGAUAAGUACCAGAAACUAGUAAAAAAAUGUAUACUAAAAGCUCCUAUGCAUUUUUGAUUGGAUUAUCUAUAAUACUUAGUUGUAGAUGCCUAAAUCCAGAAGAGAGACAAAUGCCACAACCAGAUCUAUCAGCGUUGAAGGAUAACGUUGGCACGUUACCUUUGAGUGAUGAUUAUCUUCCGGCUGUUAUGCAAGCCCUUCACUAUUACACUGAAAUGAUGCAGUAUGAGAUUGUGAAAAAUCCUGCAAAUGAUCAAGUUUAUAAACCACCAACGAAACGUCCCCCGGUAACUACUAGACGUACAACGUACAGAACAACUACAACUCCAAAAAGAACCACAAGAAGACCAUCAACAACAACAACAAGACGAACAACUUCUACGACAACGACUAAAAGACAAACUACGAGAACGACGCAAAAACCCUUUACGACAAAAACUACAACCCAGAGUACGACUCAAAAUAUCGAAUUUCCAUAUUCAACCGAGAUCAAUAUCUGGCACAAUCCACCGACAACAACAAGACCACAUAAGCCAGGAAAUUAUGCACCGGAAAAACCACCGUAUUGGAUCUAUUUUGGAAUUCCAAUGAAACCAGAGCAAGGCUACCAUCGGCCUGGCGUUCAACGACCGCAAGAAGGAAUCAACACUAUUGCAGAUCCAGAUUGGAAGGAUCCAGUUUUCACUCAGUGGUUCUUCCAAUCGAAGCCGAAAGACAUCAAAGCAUUUGACGAAAAUGAGCUUCAAUAUCUCGAUCAUCUUCCAAAAAAGCUUCUUAUUGAUAUUCAACGUGAAUCAAGUUAUUUACCUGCCAUUUUAGAUUUUGACAACGUGAAUGAGUUUAGAAAGAAGUACGACGAUUCGUUUUAUGCGCGAUAUAACAAAAAUCUGCCGAAUAUGCAACAUAUGCGGAUGAAGAUGAAAAUUCAAAUGCAGCAGCAACGUGCCAUGCUAACGGGACGAAAGAAAGCACCACCAACACGGCCAUAUGUUACCAUGUUAUUUUUAUACGAUCUGUUGAAGCGUGAAGCAAAAGCAAAGAAGUUGCAUCAGUUUGGGGGAUUCUCUAAAGAAUUACUGAAAACUCUUCACGAUACUUCUCAGAAAACCGGCGAUUAUCAAAUGAAAUUUUUGCUCGAAACAUUUGUGGAGCGGAAAGAAGUAACUACACCAGAUGUUUUGUCACGAAUUAAUUUCAUCCUUUCAGAUAUUAAAGAUGAACGAGGAGAGACAUUCAGAACGCUUCGUCUCAUUCCACCACUUUAUUACGAUCUAUAAUCCAACAAUUGCCUUUUUAUUUACUUGUUUCGAGGGUUAUCAAAAACGAAAGAAUUUUCUAUUUGUAGAAAACUGAAAGACUUCAUUGGAAAAAUGAUUUACAAUAAAAAUAAGAACAUUCUUUGUAUAAAAAU